UCAGUUAUGCGGAGAUGAUAAAAAGACUCCAAGCCCCAACGGCGGUCGCUGCUCUUUUUCCUCGUCAAGCAGGGGGAGUAGACACACAGCUGGAAGGAUAAUAAGAUACGCAUGAAUUUACAAUCUGGAAUAAAAGAUAAGAGAAAAUAAAUGGACGGCUCGGUCAGUCUCAGCGCGCCUGUAUGUGAAACUUAUGUAGGUAUUAUUUACGCGUAAGUUGCGACGCUGCGCUUUUGUGUGUGAAGUGCAGACUUUGAAACUUCAGGCUCCGCUUUCCUCAGUUGAUGGAGUUACAAAGUUUCUUCAGCAAACUCACAAUGGAAAGAAAAGCGCCCUUCGCUGACUGUGAAGGCUUCCUGUGGUCAGAGUGGAUUACUGACUUCAGUAAGGAGAAGGAGCACCACUCCAGGAUAUGAAGCUUGCUGCAGUGAUUUUACUGCGGGUUGUUCACAGACUUUUUCCCCAUCACCUGCCCAGCUAGAUUGUGUGUUGUGCAGGUGGGCGGACCGCCUAUUACCCUCUUAAUUUAUGAAAAAACAAUGUCACUCUGAUGAAAACACAGUCACAGUGCUGACUCACCACCACUGAUGAGGACCAAAGAUUCCCCCUACCAAGAGUCAACUGUGCUUUUCCUUGCCAGCCUUCACUAAAACCUCCACUAUUCAGCGUUCCACGUUGCCAUUGGAAGAAACCCAAUGUCUGCCUCCUCUCCCCCAUCCUUACCUCGAGCCUUCCUCCACUCUCUCCAUCCGCACCACCCAUCCUCGUCGUCCUCCCCGUCGCCGAGCCCACCCGGGCCGCUCUACACGCGGCUGUCCAACGGUGGUCACAGCGUCCCCAGCCCCACCAACUCCCGCAGCUCUUUCCAUGGGGUGUCCUUCCUGCUGCAGAUAGGGCUGACCAGAGAGACGGUGAACCUGGAGGCUAGUGACCUGUCGCUGUCUGCUGUUAAGGACCUGGUGUGCUCCAUAGUGGACCAGAAGUUCCCAGAGUGCGGCUUCUUUGGCAUGUACGACAAGAUCUUGCUGUUCCGCCACGACUUAAAUGACGAAAACAUCCUGCAGAGGCUGACCUCGGCAGAGGACAUCCAUGAAGGAGACCUCAUUGAGGUGGUGCUCUCUGCUCAAGCCACAGUUGAAGACUUCCAGAUCCGACCCCAUGCCCUUUAUGUCCACUCCUACAAGGCCCCCACCUUCUGCGAUUACUGCGGAGAGAUGCUAUGGGGUCUUGUCCGGCAGGGGCUCAAAUGUGAAGGAUGUGGGCUAAACUACCACAAACGCUGCGCUUUUAAGAUCCCAAAUAACUGCUCUGGUGUCAGGAAGAGACGAUUGUCCAAUGUCUCACUGCCUGGACCCUCCCUCUCUGUUCCCCGACCGGCACCUGCUGAAAAUGCCGUGGUCGUCCUGGAUGAGCAGAGGUCCCAUCAGGAGGCAGGGAAGCGGAUCCUGUCCUGGAGCGGCAGGCCCAUCUGGAUGGAGAAGAUGGUGCUGGGACGGGUUAAGGUGCCGCACACCUUCGCCAUUCACACCUACACCCGUCCCACUAUCUGUCAGUACUGCAAGCGUCUGCUCAAGGGUCUCUUUCGCCAGGGCAUGCAGUGCAAAGAUUGCAGAUUCAACUGCCAUAAACGAUGUGCUUCAAAGGUACCUAGAGACUGUUUGGGGGAGGUGGACUUCAAUGGAGAGCCAGCCAGCCCUGGUCCAGACUCAGACACUACCAUGGAUACUAUGGAGGUGGACAGUGGUGAUAUGGACGUUGGCAGAGGACUGGAUGACCCAGAGGAACCCUCCACCCCAGAUGAGAGGAUGUUUGACAUGGAUUCUCCCUUACUGGAUAGAGAGAAGGACGAAGAGCCCAUCAAGACUAUUAGCCCUUCCACCAGCAGCAACAUCCCUCUGAUGCGGGUGGUCCAGUCCAUCAAACACACCAAGAGGCGGAGCUCCACUGUGGUGAAGGAGGGCUGGAUGGUUCAUUAUACGAGCAGGGACAACCUGCGGAAGAGACAUUACUGGAGGCUGGACAGCAAGAGUUUGAGUCUCUUCCAGAAUGACACCGGAGCCAAGUUCUACAAAGAAAUCCCUCUGUCCGAGAUCCUCCAGGUGGAACAGUCCAGAGACUACACUAAUCUGGCGCAGGGCAGUAACCCACACUGCUUUGAGAUCAUCACAGCCACCAUGGUCUACUAUGUAGGGGAGAACAACUGCAGUCACUACCACAGCCCCGCGCUGGCAGCCUCAGGAGUCGGCAUGGAUGUGGCUCAGGGCUGGGAGAAGGCCAUCAGACAGGCCCUGAUGCCCGUCACCCCUCAGCCCAGCGUGGCCAGUGCUGCUGGACAGGGCAAAGAUCACAAAGAGCUGUCCAUCAGCAUAUCGGUGUCCAACUGCCAGGUACAGGAGAAUGUGGACAUUUCCUCAGUGUACCAAAUAUUCUCCGAUGAGGUGUUGGGAUCUGGCCAGUUUGGCAUUGUGUAUGGAGGCAAACACAGAAAGAGCGGCAGAGAUGUGGCCAUUAAGGUUAUUGACAAGAUGAGGUUUCCUACCAAGCAGGAGAGCCAGCUAAGAAAUGAGGUGGCCAUAUUACAGAAUCUGCAUCACCCAGGUAUUGUCAACUUGGAGUGUAUGUUUGAGACGCCGGAGCGGGUGUUUGUUGUCAUGGAGAAGCUGCACGGCGACAUGCUGGAGAUGAUUUUGUCCAGCGAGAAGAGCAAACUGCCUGAACGGAUCACCAAGUUCCUCGUCACACAGAUCCUGGUGGCCCUGAGACAUCUGCACUUCAAAAACAUUGUUCACUGUGACUUGAAGCCUGAGAAUGUACUACUGGCCUCUGCGGAGCCUUUUCCUCAGGUAAAACUGUGUGACUUUGGCUUUGCCCGUAUCAUUGGCGAAAAGUCAUUCCGACGGUCUGUAGUGGGCACUCCAGCUUACCUGGCUCCAGAGGUGCUGCGCAGUAAAGGCUACAACCGCUCCUUAGACAUGUGGUCAGUGGGGGUCAUUGUGUACGUCAGCUUGAGCGGGACAUUCCCUUUUAAUGAGGACGAGGAUAUUAACGACCAGAUCCAGAAUGCUGCCUUCAUGUACCCUCCUACGCCCUGGAAGGACAUUUCUGCAGAGGCCACAGAUCUGAUCAACAAUCUUCUCCAAGUCAAGAUGAGGAAGAGGUACAGCGUGGACAAGUGUCUCAGCCAUCCCUGGUUACAGGACUAUCAGACAUGGCUGGACCUCAGGGAGUUUGAGACGCGGCGAGGAGAGCGCUACAUCACCCACGAGAGCGACGACGCACGUUGGGAGGAGUACGCAGACGAGCACAGUCUCCUCUACCCCAAACACUUCAUCAUGGCUCCCAACCUGGACGACAUGGAAGAGGACCCCUAGUGGCACAGGGGUCUUGUGACACCACAUGUAUUAAAGGACAAGGAUUGUCACAGGGGACUUUUUGAUGAAGCUUUGGGAGCUGCGGAUUUUCCCUCCAGGACUGUUUGUUGUGGAAACAAGAGAGAAGCCGAUCAGGAGGAGAAUCACUCACCAGAGGCUUUAAACUGGGAAAAACCCAACAGAAUUUGUAGCAGGAUGCUCUGCUACAAGCAGUACGCAGGUGGGGAUGUGUGCCACAGAAACGCAUUAAGAAACUGUGAGGAGAGGAGAGUGUUUGCACGAUAUCAAAACAUUCCACGGAUUUACUCAAGUUUGGUUCAUUUUUAAGAACAACCACAAACCAAAACAAGGUGAACUUAAUAGCUUAGUUAUUGUACACACAAUUUUGGAUAACCUUGAGUAAUAAUAUGACUGUUCUUUAUGUGAGAGAAGAGAUCGGAGAGCUUACCCCAGGAGUAAAGGGCACUUUUCACAAGGGAUUUAAAGUGUGAGAAUUGAAAACGCACAAGUUUUGUUCUCAUUUCCCAACUGUUUGUGAGACUGUCCUUUGGCAUGAAACUGGAACCAUCACAUAUAUUUGUAUGUUUUUUUAAUGUAUUUCAUAAUUGUGGUAGAUUUUUGCACUAUAUUACCAUUGAACUUAGCAACUGAAUAGAAGCACUAUUCGCUGCUACAGAGAGCAAACUGUUCGAGGGUCCAGUGUCAGUGCAAAGUUUUAACCAGAGAUGAUCAGCAGAAAGGUUGAUGCAACUCACACAGUAUUGGCAAGCUCUACUAACCUUCCCCUGGAGACAGUGACCAACAGACCCUGGCCAAAUAUAUUCUUUCAUUUCAGUGUUUCCAAACUUUUUUCAAAAUUUACAUGAAUUUCUUAAGUCACUGAAUUGUCAGUAAAUGCAAUAGUGGAGCCAUUUUUCUGUUCAGUAUGAGGCUGAAACAGCAUAUGUUAGAGCAUCAUGUUUCUGUGUAUCUUUUUUCUGUACUUUAAGAGAUAAUUCAGAGUUUUUUAGGAGUUGUAUAGGGUACUUAUCCGUGGUCAAUGUAUUACAUACAGUAGAUGUCAUUCAGCACGUGCCCUGUUUGGAAAAGCAGGCUGGAUUCCGACAUGGAAGCUAAGUUAUGUACUGCUUUGGUCAACAGCAAAAUGUAUUUGAGCCACCUAAAAAAAAGCAUCAGUUUAAGUGUUAUAUUGAGAGUAUUUCUACUGCUUUACCUAUGUUUUAGACUGCCUGUUUCCACACAAAAGCAGCUUAUAACAUAUAGUGUAAAGCUUAUAAAAGCUUUAGUUCCCCAUCUAUGCUCUUGUCAAAGCCGCUAGACUCCGUUAAGAACAACAGUCAUUUUAGUUGCUGAACAUAAGAGAUGCAGGUCUAUCACUGCCUCGAUCAGUUGGUUUGUUUUUGCUAUUGGGUGACUUUGGUGAAACCGCACUAACCUUUUAAUUGCCGAAGAUGCUCAAUAACACAAGCAAAAUAACUGACCGAGGCAAUGGUAGACUAGCGGCUCCUGUGUUUGAAGGCAGCAAUAUAACAGCUUCAUUUAACAGUUGGAAAUCACUGUCUGACAUUAAGGUUAGCAGUAAAAAUACUCCCAGUAU